AUGGCGCUCCUGGUGACUGAGAAAGACCACCCUCAAUACCCGAAUCGGCUGUCCACCCUGCUCCUCGACAUCUCGGCACUGGUGGUCGUCCAGUUCCUUCAAGGCCUCGACGGCACGAUUGUCACGACCGCGAUCCCCAAGAUCACAAACCGCUUCCAUGCCCUGGGCGAUGUCGGCUGGUACGCCAGUUCGUUCAUGCUGACCUUUUGCUCCUUCCAGCUGAUUUGGGGCAAGCUGUACACCUUCUACACGGUGAAAUGGACAUACCUGGUCGGCCUGUUCCUGUUUGAGCUCGGCUCCUUCAUCUGCGGGAUCGCACCCUCGUCCACGAGCUUCAUCGUCGGCCGUGCGAUUGCCGGGCUGGGUGGCGGAGGCACCGGCGCGGGGUCGCUGCUGCUCGUCACCUAUCUGCUCCCUCCACCGCGCCGGCCAGCUCUCAUUGGGAUCCUGACCGCGAUCUUUGGCUUCGGUGCGGCCGUUGGCCCGUUGCUUGGGGGCGCUUUCACCGACAACGCCACGCUCACCUGGCGAUGGUGCUUUUACAUCAAUCUCCCGCUGGGCGCCCUGGCCGCCACGAUCGUCGUCUUCUGCAUCCCCAGCAACACGCCGCCGGGGCGGAACACCGCCUUCCGCGAGCGCUUGCUGCAGAUGGAUCUGCUGGGCGCCGUGCUGCUGGUGCCCGGGAUGAUCUCGCUCCUGCUUGCGCUGCAGUGGGGGGGUUCCAAGUACCCCUGGAGUGACGGCCGGGUCAUCGCCACACUGGUCGUCGCGGGCGUGCUGGAGACUGGCUUCGUCCUCAGUCAGAUCUGCCGCAAGGAUGAGAGUCGGAUCAUGAUCUCGCCGCGGCUGUUCAAGGAUCCCCGGAUCUGGUCCGCCGUCAUCCUGGGAGCUGCCGCUACGGCCUCAUUCUUCGUCAUGCUGUACAAUCUCCCCAUCUGGUUCCAAGCUAUCAAAGGUGCUUCUGCCGCCUCCUCGGGCGUGAUGAGCCUUCCGAUGACCAUCAGCUUCCUCGUCGCCUCCACACUCGGAGGGACAUUGAGCUCCAGCGACUCGUCUCCGUCCUCAUCUUCGCCGUCCCCGACCCCCAGCCGCGUCCGAGCAAUCCAGCGCCUCUCCCCAACCACGACCAACGCACUCCUCAUGCUCGCCACUCCAAUCCUGCUCUCCACGGGCUCCGGCCUCCUCACCACUCUAACCCCGCACAGCAGCACAGGCCAGUGGAUUGGCUACCAGAUUCUGCUGGGUGCAGGCGGGGGCCUGGGGAUGCAGCUCAGCAUGACGGCCGCGCAGUCCCUUGCCAGCCACGCGGACAUCACCAUGGGGACGACGAUCAUCCUGCUGUGCCAGAACCUGACGGCGACGGUCCUAGCCUCGGUGGCGGCGACGGUGCUCAACUCCCAGCUGGCGGUGCGGUUGCGCGAUGAGGUCCCGGGUCUGCACGGCGAUACGCAGUUGGUUACGGGGCCCGGGGCGACGGGGUUUCGCGACGUGGUUCCGGCCGAGCUGAUCCCGGCGAUCUUGGUGGCGUAUAAUGAAGCGGUAACCAGGACGUUUCUUGUAUCUGUUGGUGUGGCGUGCCUCGGCAUUGGGGCCAUCCUGUGGGUGCCUUUGGGAUGGAGGCGCGCGGCGCGGGCUCAACGGGGUGCCGACGCUUGA